ACACACACACACACACUCAGCAGAGCAGUUUUAUUUCCACUUGGCUGACUUCUGGCGUCGCAUCAGAGAAGAAGAGGAAGAAGGAGGCAGUAGGAAGAGGAGCUGAGAGGAGCAGAGGCAGCGUCAGGUAGCAGAUGAACAAAUAACCCAGUUAAUCAGCAGCUCCUUAACCAGCUGAAUCCAUAGGAAACAGGCUAACGUAGAUGUGUCUAAGCUUUGAGGAGAAAGAGAUGGAGUCUGAAGAGAAUCUGCUGAGUGCUUACCUGCUGCUGCUGCUGCUCGGAUCACACUUUACUCUGGUGGGUCCUUCAACCCCUGAGGAGGGCUGGCAGGUCUACAGUUCAGCUCAGGACUCAGAAGGUCGAUGUGUUUGUACAGUGGUGGCUCCUCAGCAGACUAUCUGUUCCAGAGAUGCUCGAACCAAGCAACUACGACAACUGCUAGAAAAGGUGCAGAAUAUGAGUCAAUCCAUUGAGGCGCUAGAUCAGCGGUCUCAGAGAGAUCUACAGUUUGUGGAGAAGAUGGAAGUUCAGCUCAAAGGUCUGGAAAACAAAUUCAAACAGGUGGAAGAUGGACAUGAGAGCAACAUUGCCAGACAGUACAAGUCCAUCAAAGCAAAGAUGGAGGAGUUAAGGCCUCUCAUCCCAGUUCUGGAGUCCUACAAAGCAGAUGCACUGUUGGUCCGCCAGUUUAAAGAAGAGGCAGCGAAUGUGACAAAGCUGCUGGGAUCAUUGCAGGAACAGCUUGGAGGUCUGGACUACCAGGAGCUCCACAGCCGGGUGAUAAGCCUGGAGGACCGACUGAAGGCUUGCAUGCAGAGGCUAGCUUGUGGGAAGCUCACAGGAAUCUCUGAGCCAAUCACCAUAAAGACAUCUGGAUCUAGAUUUGGAUCAUGGAUGACUGACCCACUUGCUCCAGCUGGAGACAACAGAGUAUGGUACAUGGAUGGGUACCAUAACAAUCGCUUUGUUAGGGAGUACCUGUCCAUGUCUGACUUCAUGAUGACAGACAAUUUCACCUCUCACCGACUUCCUCAUCCCUGGUCUGGUACUGGGCAGGUGGUUUAUAAUGGAUCUCUUUACUUCAACAAGUUUCAGAGUCACACAAUCAUUAAAUUCGACUUCAGCACAUCGCUCAUCAGCAGAUCGCGACAACUUGACUUUGCUGGUUACAACAAUAUGUACCAUUACUCCUGGGGUGGGCACUCUGACAUUGACCUAAUGGUGGACGAGGGUGGGCUGUGGGCUGUAUAUGCUACCAAUCAAAAUGCUGGUAAUAUUGUUCUUAGCCAGCUAAACCCCAACACCCUACAGAUCAUCCGCAGCUGGACCACCAACCAUCCAAAACGCAGCGCUGGUGAGGCCUUCAUGAUCUGUGGAACCCUGUAUGUCACCAAUGGGUACUCAGGUGGAACCAAAGUAUACUACGCCUUUUCCACCAACUCAUCUACCUAUGAGUACAUCGACAUCCCUCUGACCAACAAAUACAGCCACCUGUCUAUGCUUGACUACAACCCUCGAGACAGAGCACUCUAUGCCUGGAACAAUGGCCACCAAGUUCUUUAUAAUGUCACACUUUAUCACAUAAUACAGUAACAAUCAAUAUUAACCACUCUCACAUUCAAAAGAAACAACAAAUCAAGACCCCACAAUGUUACUGCAAUCACAGUACACAUGAUCCUUUACACAGGAUGCUCUGUGGGCCUUUACAAAGUAAUGCUCCAAAAUUUUAUAUAAUUAAAGAAUAAAUACGAUUUUCCUGAAAACAUUAGAUGAUAUCAAAAUAUACAACUAAAUAAAAAAAUAGAAUAAAUCCUAAAGAACUAUGACUGUUAGAGGGUCAAAAGAAAAUACAAAAUAGUUAUCAGGUCAGUUUAUUUGCUUCCAGGACAGAGAGUGGUGUAUUAGCUACAAUUAGCUUAGCUCCAUCUGAAGAAAAAACACCUUCCAAAAAGCUGAAGGCUGGGUCCCAGAUCCUCCUCUUGUCCACUCAUUCCUCUCUGUAACAGAAACUUCAUCAUCUUAAAAAAUGACUCACCUGCAUGUGAAAUCUUCAGGGAACUGCUAGCCCUGAGAUAGAAGAGAGCCCAUUCUGAAAGCGGAACCACUAACUUUACAGCCCUUCACAGUAUAUAGGCAGUGACUUCAGAUUUAGUUUAGGUUUAGGGAAAUAUUUUGAUUGCCAGUAUAGGCCUUUAAGGUGUCAGCUGGUGUACUCAAGAGCAGAACCGGGAUCGAACCAGGUAACCCGUCUAUGGGAUGCUGUGUUUGAACACUUCAGGUGCUUUUACAUUUUUACACCAGUCCAAUAAAUAUGUCAAAAGAACAUAAGAGGGAUCUAAGAGAGUGUUGGGUUUUUUUCUGUCAUGAUGGAGCUAGCUAACCAAACCAAAUGUUCUCGGUGUUUGUGUAAAGCUAGGCUAAAAGCCAGCAGGAAUUCUCAGUACUGAAAUACUGCACAAAGCAUUGGACUGUUAACUUAUGUCAUUGACUUCUUUUACUAAAUGUUUCUUAAAAAUUGUAUUUAAAUCAUUAACUCAGUUGUUUGACACAAAUGCACUUAAAAUGUGAAACACAGUGAAAUUAAAAUUUCACAGUGAGAAAACCCAACAUUUUUAGAUUACAUAUUUUGAUGGACACUGAAGAAUGCUUCACAGUUUUUAUAAGAUUUAUCUUCUCUGCGUAAUCUUGUCUGACUGAAGCAAGACCCGCUGUUCUUAUUCUUAUAUCCCUUAAUAUUAUAAAUAAUAAGGUAUUUCUUACUGUUGUGUGUUAUACAGCAAUACAAAUGAUUGCCUGUUUUUCCCAAUACUUCAUUCAGUUUUUAAAUUUAUCGUUGUACCAUGUGAAAUUCAUUCAGAUCACUGAGCUAUGGGCAUAGUCUAACUAUUUAAACAAUAAGAAUUCCUCUACACACUCAACUGUUGUUCUCAAUAAGUAAUUUGAGUGUUGCCCUGAAUGGUAGUUAUGAACGCACAUGAUGAUUGGCUGAUACAUUGAUACUAACAUCCUCUUUAUCAUCAAACGUGUGUCCAGCACCACUUUAGAUUCAAUGACAUCAUGUGAUCUGUCAGACGGAAGAACUCAGUACGACAUUUGUGCAAAACAGAUGAUGUAUACAGACAGAAACUGUAGUCUGUUGGUCUCAGUGAACAUCAGUUAGAUGAUUUCAGAUUUCUGAACCUUUUUUUUUUUUUUUAUAUCACUGGUCUGUGGAGUUUUCAGGUAUUUGAGGCUAAGCCCAAAAACACGAAGUGACUGCACAAGAGUUGUUCUUCAUUCUAAUACCUGAUUGACUGUAAUAGCUUAUUUGCUUUUGUUUUCCAUAUCAGAUGAUUUUUUUACAGUCCUUUAGGUACGUCUCGAUGUAUGCUCAAUCAUCCAGGUAAGUAAAUCUCCAAAAGCUGAUUCUGUUCAUCUGGACGUAGCUACGUCCAGAUGAACAGAAUCAGCUUUUGGAGAGUACUUUAAGUAUUUGUCUGUUUGUUUGUUUUACUUCUGUCAUAAAUGUUUGGCGUAAGCAGCAGGUUUUAAUUCUACAGCCCCCUUCAAAUGUGUAAGAUGAUUUAUUCCGUUUUCAUGACCAAUAGCCUUAAUAUGUGAUUGUGCUAUGGAUUUCUUCACCCAACCAUUUUUUAAAAAUUUUAACCAAGAGGCACAA